CCACUUUUUGGCCGCCAAGGGGGGUGUGCGCGCACCUAUCUGUCUACGCGCAAGAAAUGAAAACAACCGCGCAAGAAAUGAGAACAACAAACAACUUACUGAAUAUAUUUUUUUACAAGAAAAGCCUACCACUACCACUUUUAGGAGAAGAAGCGGUCCAUCUCUUGAGGUAGAAUGUAGUGAAAUAAUACUAGCUGGAUAUUGAUUUUAAUAAUUUUCAAAUCACUUCUCAGUUCUUUGUCGUCGUCUGAAGAGCUCAGCUAGCCCUAGUUCCUCCCUACCACAGGUACCCCAAACAGCCAAAAGGCUUGAUCCCAAAGCCAGACGAAAACCUCGUGACUUGGGCUCAUCGGAGAUGUAAUUUUCUCGUCCAUUGCAAAAUAAAAUCUACAAGUCACGUUAUUCUAAACCCGAAAUGAUUGACGCUGAUUUAGCUGCAGCUACGAAAUACGGGUCGUUGGACGAUCCUUUGGAUCGAGGAAACCCAAUGGUUCAAGCAGAACGCUCAAUAAGCCUAAGUCACGGCAAGGACAGAGUCGGACGAAUGGUGCUAGCAACGUUUAUCGCCGCUCUAGGUCCUCUAAGCUUUGGAUUCUGCCUGGGAUAUUCGUCUUCCGCGUUAGAGGACCUUAUAGCAGAGAGUAAGGAGUCUGUGAAGCUAACAGUAUCUCAGGGAUCGUGGUUUUCGUCUCUAGUUACGCUGGGUGCCAUCUUGGGAGCCCCGUUAGGAGGUUGGACGUUGGAAUACUUUGGCCGUAAAGGUACAAUUAUGGCUUGUGCUGUACCAUUUGAGGUUGGCUGGAUGCUUAUUGCCUAUGCUAAUUCCCAUUAUAUGCUGUACAUUGGACGAUUCAUCACUGGGCUGGCUGUUGGGAUGGUUUCUCUUACUGUACCUGUUUAUAUAGCUGAAAUAUCUUCCCCCAGUCUCCGUGGCAUGCUCGGCAGUGUCAAUCAGCUAGCUGUCACGAUGGGUCUCCUCUUAGCAUACAGCAUGGGGGUAGUGUUAAAGUGGAGGUGGCUUGCCUGUAGCGGUGCGAUAUUCCCUGCAUUACUUGUUGUCCUGAUGUUUUUCGUACCUGAGACCCCUCGGUGGUCGCUCAGCCACAAGCGAAGGCGUGAUGCUUUGGAUGCAAUGAUGUGGUUCCGAGGGCCAGAAGCUGAUGUUGAAGAGGAAUGCUAUCGUAUUGAAGCAACUAUGGAUAAUACUCAGUCCAUGUCAUGUGCAGAGUUCUGCCGGCCAGCAAUCAUGAAGCCCCUCUUUAUCAGCAUCGCGCUCAUGUUCUUCCAGCAAUUCUGUGGAAUCAAUGCUAUACUUUUCAACUCUGCAAGCAUCUUUCACCAAGCAGGUUUCCAAGAUAGUAAAGCUGUCUCUGUUAUUAUUGGAGCUGUUCAGUUUGUAGGUACCGGCAUUGCAUGCCUGGUAGUAGACAAGGCAGGGAGAAAGCUUCUUCUUUGGACAACAGCCCUAGGCAUGACUGUAAGCUUGAUAGCACUUGGAUUCUACUUUGAACUUUACAUCCCUACAACUCAAGAGCAGCCAACCCCAACUCCAGCUUUGCUUGAAUCCAUCCAUCAUUCCAUACCUGCUGGUAAAAUCUCUUGGUUGGCGAUAACAAGCAUUGUAGUGUUCAAUUUGGUGUUUGCUCUUGCCUGGGGUCCAGUUCCAUGGCUUGUCAUGUCCGAGAUUUUCCCUCUUCAAGCGCGUGGAAUUGCAAGCAGUAUCUCCACCUUGUGUAACUGGUCUCUGGCAUUUGCAGUUACAAAGACUUUUGUGAACAUUGAAGAUGCCAUCACUAUCCAAGGCACCUACUGGUUUUAUGGGGGACUGUCUUUUCUAGGGUUUUUGUUUGUUUUGAUGUUUGUUCCAGAAACAAAAGGCAAGACAUUGGAGCAGAUUGAAAGGCUUUUUGAUGGCACUCUAGUAACACCAAGAGAAGAGAUUCAAAGUAGCUAGGCAUCUCUACACAGGUCAAACUAAAUUUGCAAAACACAUUUGGUUAACAUUGCAUAAGCAAAUACCAUAUGUGGACCAAACUUUUAUAUAUACAUACAAACAGUUAAGCCCUGAUGUUGUUUGAAAGGAAAGCAGUACUCAGGGUUCUUAAAUAAGAAGAUAUUUAGCCUCAGUAUCAGGCAAUUUAUAUUUUUCUGAAAUUGGAGAGGAAAUAAUGUACUUCAUAACUAAGAUAAAAAGGGGUCUGACUCUCAGGCUAGGAGAUAUUCAGGGAUUGAACAUCAGUUAUUAUAAUUUGUUUUUACUUCUGCCAUUUUUGUGUGAACCAAGGUGCAGUUUGACCUGAAACACACAAUACCUUAUGUUAUUUGCAAUUGGCAACUUGCACUAAGAAUUCACAUGAUGAUGAAACACGGCCAAAAUCUUGGAGAUUCACAGAAAGCCCCAUAUAGUUGAUGAACCGCAUGUGAGUACAUUACAUUUUUCCUUUUUGUGAUGUGCAUUUGUCUGUUUCAUGUAAGCAUUUCAGUCCACAUUGUGAGUAGAAAAACAAGUAAGAAUAGAAAAAGUCUUGAUCAAUAUUUACAUACUGUAUCCUGUUUUCCAGGCACACCAGUACAGUAAAAUUUAAUCAAUAAUAAAUUAAAUGGAUUUAGAAAGAAAAUGCAAAAAAAGUUAUAAAAAAUGUUAUAAGUAUUUACCAAGUACAUACCCUGGUUCUAGAGCCUCUAAUGUCUCUCUAUUUCAUGGACCCAGCGGAGCCCAAUUUCUCAUUACAAACUUGCUGGUCACUAAAUAGAGAGUCGUUCAAGGCUGUAGAACCAGGGAACCAUGUACAGAGAAAAUUGUAAGAUUUGCCUUCAUGCUUUGCAUGAAUAAUAGUUAAAUAAAAUCCAUAAAGAUUUUGCA